CGAUGUAUUUUCUGUUACACUACCCCGCCUAACAUGUCAUCGUCCUGAGACAUGCAUUCUAGCAUGAUUCUAAUUUCUAGUAUUUAGUAAUAUUACGGUAGCACUCCGCUAACUCAUGCGGGCAAGUCAUUCGAUAAUAUUUCAAGUCUGACAGCUUUUCUUGUUUGCAACGGGGUAAAAUUUACUGCGGUAGCAGCACUCCACCUACACAAUGAGACUGUCACCAGUGCUAAGAAUGUGUUAUGAAUAUUCAAACUAUCCAAAGCGAUAUAUUGAAAGACAAAUGUAUAAGGGAUCCCAGAGGGAAACUGCAGGGUUAUCGGGAAUCAAAAUACGAAAAAAGAAGAAUUGGUAUUAUGGUGCCACUCGUCCAUGGGAAGAAGAUAACCAGAAUGAGAAUGCACCGGGCGUUCGUCAUCCAAAAAUAUUUUUAGAACCCAUCAAGGAGUGGAACGUGUUCAAAGGUGAUCUGGUAGAGGUUCUUGUGGGGAAAGACAAAGGGAAGCAAGGAAUCAUCAAUUAUGUUGUAAAACAAAGGAAUUGGGUCUUUGUGGAUGGACUGCAUUGUGAGCACAAGUUCAUUAAGUCUGACAUUGGUCUGCGACCAACCAUGGUAAAGUCGGAGCUACCGCUCAGCGUUACAACAGACAUAGCUCUUGUGGAUCCGUCCGAUAAUAAAGUAACAGAAGUUGAGUGGCGUUACACUGAGGAGGGCAAGCGAGUCCGUGUGUCAACACGCACAGGACGAAUCCUCCCCCUCUCUGCGAUGGCAGAGGAGACGAGAGAUUACAAGACUAAGUCGACUUAUAAAGAACAAGAAAAAGACACACGGUCAGAGGAUCUGGAAAAGGUUACAUUUGAGCCAAAGCUAAUGUCAUUUGAGCAGGACAUAAUGGACAGUGAAGGCAUCAUAGACAGAAGAAUGCCAGCAAAGUCAUGGUGGUACUAAGUACAGAAACGAUAGUUUAGUGUGGUUCUAGCUCUGUAAAUAUUAUUAAUGUUAGAACAAGCAAAAAUGAUUAUAAUUUCCACAGUAGGUAUCAAGAUAUUACCAAAUCGUUAAUUACAUAUUGCCAUUAUGAAUAAGCAUAAACAAGUAUUGUUACACGAUCCAUAUGAAUGAUUCCAUGCUAAGCAUAGUUAGUCAUGUAAAUCAUGCUGCCUGUCAUUGCUCUGUCAGUCUUCAUUAUUUUAUAGUAAAAAAAUUCACUGUGUUAUAGCCACCAUGCACUAGCCUGAAAGGCAACUGUUACAAUGUUAUGCAUCACCAUGUGUUUUGCAUAUGCAGCAAGUAACCAGUUCCAGGUUGAUACCUGUGUUUCUAGUUUUAUUUAAAUUUCACAUCGUUAGCCUACUUCUACCACAAGACUGUACUAUAAUGUAUUUCAUAAUAUUAUGUAAUAAUAAUAAAAUUGUUAGAUAAUUAAAAUUAUUAUAUGUAA